AUGGCCACACAAAUACUGUCACCCAUUGGUGUGAACCAAACAAAUGAAGUGAAAAGUGAUAAAACCAAAGAAAUGCAUUUAAACGUUAAGACAAGGGUUGAGAAGGACAUCAGGAAUGAGCUCUUCUUCAACACGAAGAAUGAGUUGAGAAGAAGAGACACUCCGGAGGAGAAGAAUAGUAGCGAUGACUUGGAGACUGUCAUCAAAUACCAGAACUCCAUUCAGGAGAGAGUGGCCAAAGAGAUGCUUCAAUUGACUCAUAACCUCAAACAUAACUGUAGUCUCAGUAAUGAGAUCAUCAAAAAAGAUACCGAGAGUUUGGACGGAAGUGCUCUUUUGGCGCAACGAAACACAGAUAGUCUUAAGGAGAAUACGACCAAAAUAGGAGACUAUGUCCGGCGCUCG